AAAUGACAUUGACAUGUGAUUUGUGUGUGUGAGCGAAGGAGCGAAGGUUAUCAAGUGUUUUUUGUUGUUACAGUUUCCCUAUUUCUCCUAACAUAUUAAAGUUAGGUAUUUGCCGGAUUAAACCUUAUAAAACAGAAACAGCUGUACGAAGUUGGUUAGUAUGAGUGGUGAACCUCAAGCGAAACGGACCAAAAUGAGCGCUCUCGAUCACUUAAAGCAAUAUUCGGUCGUGGUGGCCGACACUGGGGACUUUGAAGCUAUGAAAGCAUACAAGCCCACUGAUGCUACUACCAAUCCUAGUCUGAUAUUAUCUGCUGCUGGUAUGGAACAAUAUCAGCAUUUGCUUGAUAAGGCCAUCAAGUAUGGAAAGGACACUGGAAGUACUGUAGAGGAGCAGGUUGCUGAAACUUUAGACAUGCUCAGUGUGUUAUUUGGUUGUGAAAUACUCAAGAUUAUUCCCGGAAGAGUAUCAGUUGAAGUUGACGCAAGAAUCUCUUUCAAUAAAGAUGCCAGUAUUGCUAAAGCUAUUAAAUUAAUUAAUAUGUUUGCUGAGUAUGGAGUGAAAAAGGAAAGGAUUCUCAUUAAACUAGCUUCAACCUGGGAAGGUAUCCAAGCAGCAAAGGAACUUGAGAAAAAGCAUGGGAUUCACUGCAACUUGACAUUGCUGUUUUCAUUGUACCAAGCAAUUGCCUGUGCAGAGGCUAAUGUAACCCUCAUUUCACCAUUUGUUGGACGCAUCUUGGAUUGGUAUGUUGAACAUACAAAAAAAACUUAUGAAGCGAAAGAAGAUCCAGGUGUGCUGUCCGUUACACGUAUUUAUAAUUAUUACAAGAAGUUCGGAUACAAGACGCAAGUGAUGGGCGCGUCGUUCCGAAACACUGGCGAAAUCCAGGAGCUUGCGGGCAGCGACUUACUUACGAUCAGUCCUAAGCUUCUGCAGGAGCUUGCCAGUAGUGAUCAACCAUUGAAGAGGGUGUUAGACCCUAAAGUGGCUGCUGAGAGCGACAUUGAAAAAAUCUCGCUUACUGAGGCCGAUUUCCGCUGGCACCUGAAUGAAGACCAGAUGGCUACUGAUAAACUCUCCGACGGUAUCAGAAAGUUCGCUGCUGACACCAGAAAAUUGGAAUCCCUUAUUAAAAGUCUUCUUGCUAAGAAGUAAUACCUAACCUACUUUAUAAAGUAGAUGAAAGGCACAAAACUAGAAUUAAGUAAAAGCAAAAUUAUAUUCUGCUGGAGAGCAGUUUUUUUAUAAAAAUUUACACUUUUAUGUCAUUUAAUGACACUUUUACUAUUAGUGAUUGCCUACGCUACAGUACAACGAAAGGAAAUUGACGCAAUUUUAAAAGUAAGCGCGUUUUCCUGUCUGGGACCAUUAAAAUGCAUUUCUUGUGUUUUUACAUAUUUUGAGUUUUUUUAU